GAAUCAGUUGAAAUCAGUGCCAUUUUAUAUUACAUUUUAUAAAUACUGAAUAAACUCGUUGAUUUGUUUCUCCGCGAUUUGAUUAAUGGCAACCUGAUGUCGUCUGGAUUUGUUUUGGAUCUGUCUUGGGGUUUCGUUAACAGGUUGUUAACCUCUGACUCAAGAAACUACAUGUGAAGUCUGGGGUAUUUCUUAUCGUUUUGUUAUGAUAAAAAAAUAUUUUUAAAAUUCUUAAUUAUGAUGGACGAAGCUAAAUCUUACCUGGGACUUGAUUUCAGUACUCAGCAGAUAACACCAAGACCUCCUAGGUUAAGAAUAGGUGAUCCUGUCGCUCUUCAUGCAUUCAUAGAGAUUUCAAGAUGUUUAAUAUUUAUUGAAGCUACAAAAUUUGCUGAAAGCUAUAGUGGUAAAUGAUGAAUUGCAAGUUACACAUCAAUCUGCUGUAAAUUUUGAUUUAGACCUUCCAGAAUUCAGGACUCAUGGUGGUGUUAUAGCUCAUGAGGAUAAAUUGUCUGUAUGUGCCCCAACAAUAAUGUGGGUAAAAGCAUUAGAUAUGCUUCUGGAGCGAUUAAAACUCGAAGGAUUAGAUUUUUCAACUGUGGUGUCAUUAUCAGGGGCUGCUCAGCAACAUGGAAGUGUGUACUGGAAGCGGGGAGCUGAAGAGAUACUCAGCAAAACAUCUCCUGAAAAAUUCUUGCAUGAACAACUUCAGGGAUGUUUUAGUUUAAGAGAUUCGCCUGUGUGGAUGGAUUCCAGUACUGGUACUCAAUGUUCUGAAUUAGAAUUAGCAGUUGGAGGACCGUUAGCUUUGGCAAAGUUAACAGGUUCUCGUGCUUUUGAGAGAUUUACUGGAAACCAAAUUGCUAAACUUUUUCAAACAAGGCCUGAUGCUUAUAACAAUACUGAAAGGAUUUCUUUAGUUAGUAGUUUUGGAGCAUCACUAUUUCUUGGCAAAUAUGCCUCAAUUGAUCUUAGUGAUGGAUCAGGAAUGAAUUUAUUGGAUAUAAAUGAGAAAGAUUGGUCUGAUCAGUGUUUAAAGUCGUGUGCUCCAGACUUACGAGAUAAGCUUGGUGUACCUGUACCCUCUUGCACUGUUUUGGGUUCGAUUUCUUCUUAUUUUGUUGACCGUUAUGGGUUUUCUGAAGAAUGUAAAGUUGUUGCUUUUACUGGUGAUAAUCCAGCUUCAUUGGCUGGUACUCAAAUGAAAAAAGGUGAUAUAACUAUGAGUUUAGGUACAAGUGAUACAUUGUUUCUUUGGCUAACUGAACCAAAAUCCACUCUAAAUGGACACAUACUUUAUAAUCCUAUUGACAGCAAUCAGUAUAUGGCUCUAUUAUGUUUCAAAAAUGGUUCUUUAACUCGUGAAAGAGUAAGGGAUGAAUGUGCUGAAGGCUCUUGGCAACUGUUUAAUGAUCUUUUAGAAAGUACUCCAAGAGGAAAUUUUGGCAACAUUGGUAUGUAUUUUGAUGCUUUGGAAAUUUUUCCUGCUGUUGUUGGAGAUUACAAAUUUAAUAAAAGUAAUGGUUUGGUCCCUCGUUUUUCAAAGGAGGUUGAAGUACGUGCAUUAGUUGAAGGUCAGUUUCUAGCAAAGCGAAUACAUGCUGAAGAUCUUGGUGUUACAAUGGAUUCCUCUUCAAAAAUUAUAGCUACAGGAGGAGCGUCAACAAAUAAAUCUUUAACUCAAGUAUUAUCAGAUGUAUUUAAUUCACCUGUCUACACAUUAGAAAAUGCAAAUUCUGCUUGUUUUGGAUCAGCUUUACGUGCAAAGCAUGGACUUCUUGGAGAAGAUUUUUGUUUCCAUGAUAUGUUUUGUGAGCCACUUGGCAUUCAUUUAAGUGCCUCACCUUCUAAAGAUGCUGCUCAAGUUUAUGGAUCAAUGGCUGCUCGAUACAGGAUUCUUCAAGAAAAAGUAUUGAAAUUGCAGAACUCUUGACUUAUGAGUAGAUUAAAAGCAUUUUUACUGUGUGCAAUUUGUUAUUCUCCAUGUUGAUAUGCUUUAUAGUUUUUGAGAAAUGAAUACUAUUUUAUUAUCUAUUUUAGAUUUUUUACUGUUAUUACAAGUUCAAUAUUUUUAAUGACAAUCUUAUAUAAACAAUGUCUGAAUUAAAUAUACAAAUGUUACUAUUUUUUCUAUAUGUCUUAAAAUUCCAUGUUGUAGUAAUAAAUAGUCACUGUUUUAAAUAUUUAUUAUAAGAUUUCUUAUGUUUUUUUUAAUAAAAUGAAUACAAGUUCAUCUUUAUAAAUGUUUUAAUUAUGAGAUAUAUACUUUUAAAAAGUCUUUUAAACUAAAGAAUAUUUAUUUGCUAAUUAAAAAUGUCUAUAAUACUAAAUAUGAAAUCUAAUUAAAUGAAGAAGAAAAAGAUGUAACUAUUUACAAAUUGUACAUUUUGAAAUACCAUAGAGGGCUUGAUUAAAAAUAUUAAGAGUUAAAAAGACAUAUUUGAUACCUUGUACAUACUUAUUGCUUUUGAAUGAGAUAAGUUAAGUGUAAAAUACUCUUACAACCACUGGAACCUUUUUAAUAAUAAAACUUUGGACGAGUAAUACUCCUACCUAUCUACUAUAAUGUACUGUAUUUCCUAUAAUAAGUGCUGUGUAAUGAAGAACUAAAGUAUGAUUUUCAAAAAAAUUUUUUUUUCAUUGAAUAGCUUUUUAUCUAUACUCACAACAAAGCUGACCAUUACUAAGGCUAUGUUAGCCCCUUAACAUAAUUUUCAUAGAGUUUUACCAUGUAAAGAUUUUAAUUUCUAAAUUUGGUGACAUUUUAAAAUUAAAAGUGAUGCAUGUUAAAUAUACGUAUUUAGAAUAUUAUACCUUUACUAAAUAAUAGUGACUAUUUCUUAUAUUUAAAUUCAUUACAAGCUGCACUUUUUAGUAAUAAAUUUUAAACUGCGAACUAAAUAAUUUUUGAACAAAUAGAAAAGUGACAUUUCUUUCAAUAAUAAAUACUGAAUUACUCUGAUACUGUGCCUAUAUAAACAAUGUGCCUAUAUAUACAAUGUAUGAAACAAUAAUAAUCAAAAUUAUUGUUUGUUUAUCGCCUGCAAUAAAGCAUUUGUGGAAGGAAAAAAAUUUAAAUUAGUAAAAUUAAUUAUCAAAUAUUGAUGUGUGAGGUGUCAAACCAAGGUUGCAAAAAAAAAUUUUUUUUUCAAAUAUGUAUAUAUUUUAUCUUAUUAUUAACUAGCUUAGUAAAAUAAGUAAGUCAAGCUGGUUUUAAUUUUUAUUUUCAAUGUGCACUUUUGAAGUUUUUUCAUAGGAUAAAUUUAAAAAAAAUUUGAAGAGAAUAAAAUUCUUUUUGUUUCUUAUACACUAACUAUCAAGCAUCAUACUCAAAACAAAUUAUUAUGCCAAUGAGUUAACUUAAAUGAACAUUAUACAGUUAAUUUUUGAAUAAUUGCAAAUUUAGUAUAGUAACUGCCAUUAAUAAAUUGAGAACAAGAAUUGUUUUAUACUUAUUUUUUUAUACUUUAUAUGCUUGCUGCAUUCUAAAUUGCUAUAAUGGAUAAAUGAAGGACUGCUCAAAGAAAUUUAUGUAAUGGUUAACUUUGAAAAUUUUUAACGGUUAGUUAAAUUUUUUCUCAAAUUUAGCUUACCUCUUUCAUUUAUCACUUUUUAAUUAUACAUAUAUUCUUUUUAUGAAGUUCUAAAUUGUAGAACAAGUUGUGAUGAUCUUACAUUACAUUAAAAUUUGUUUAAUUGAAAUAUAAAUUUAAAAGCUGUAUGAAAUCCAAUGUUUUGAAAAUUAUAAGACCACUUGUUGCUUUACACAAUUUUUAUAAAAAUAUUGUUGAUUGUUAUACUUUAUAAUGACGUUGAUUAUUUAUUUCAUCACAAAAAGUUUUUUUUAAGUGAUUUUGAAUUAACUUAUCCUCACACAAGUUAAUUUACUUUGUUUUAUUGAAUAAAGGAAGAAACUUUUUUGUUUUUACAUAGAUUUAAUCAGCAAUUGUGCUUAACAAAUUCACAAUAACAUUUUAUAUGAACUAUCCAUUUUUCUAAUAAGUGAUUCAGUUACAAACUUCACUUUCGCAGAAAAAAAUCAAUAACAUAUCAAUGUACAAAGUUUUUCUCAUCUUCAUCUACAUUUUCUAAUUACAAUUUUUAUUUGCAUAAUAUUUAUGUGUUUUUUAAGUCACAAUUAAAAUACUUUAUAACAUGGUUUAUUCUCACUUUUCCUUUUCUUCUCAAUUUUUCUUUAAGAAUCGCAGCAGAUUUUGCAAAUUCUGCGGAUUUCUGGAUUUAUAACUGAAAUCAAUGGUUUACAAUAAAAUAUAUAUUAUAGUUAAUUUGUUAUUGCCAAAUAAUCUAUUAUACUUUUAAAAUACUUUUUCCUAAAAUGUAAAAUUUUUAACUCAGAUUGUUGUUUUUGAUGUUGAUAUAUUUUAGUUUGUACAUGUUAAAUUUUUGAGUUGAAAUUUAAGAACAAAUGAUUUGAAAAUUUGUUGAUUAAGAAUAUUAUAUUGUUGUAAACAUUUCUAUUUUUUUUGUAAAAUGAAAUUAUUCUCAGCUAUUACUCUGAUCAUUUUAUUUUAAAUAAAAUAUUAAAUUUUAAUUUUCUUCAUUUGAUUUUUCCCCUUGUAGUAACAAAAGCAUUAACUUUUAUGAUUGAUUGAAUAUUCUAAUAUUUAAUAUUUUGUUUAUUUUCAUAUGAAAAAAAACUUAGAUAAGCAAAUAGUUAUUAUUUUUAUCAAGUUGAAGUAACUUUUUUUUUUAAUUUAAACUUUCUUUCUCAUCAGAAAAUUUCCUUUUGUGUUUUUUUCAUUUCUAUUAUUUCAUUUCAUUUCAUUGACUAUUGUGGUAAAUAAAGGUAAUGAUAAAACAGGGACAUUCUUAUACUACUUUAACAAAAUUUUAAAUACAUUUUUAUGCAUACUUUAGGAAAAGUUGAAAAAAUAUCCAUAUUUUUGUUUGACAAAAACACUUCUUACAAAAUUAUAUAUUAAUCAAUGUUGCUAGUAAAGAGAAAUGUUUAAGUUCUGUUAUGUCCUAAUAAAUAUUUUGUUACAUCAUUGAUAUUUUAUUUCGCAACAAUUUUUGUUUGAGAUGAAUUCUUUGACUGAAAUAUUUGAUAGAAGCUCCGUAAAAUAUGAUUUAUUAUUUUAUCCCAUUUCUUGAAAAAUAAUAAAUAUUUCCAAAAGAAUCUUUUUAGUAUUUUUGUGCAGAUCGAAAGUGUAGUUAUUAAAAAAUUAUUAUAAAAGCUCAUGUUUUACUUUUGUUAUUUUUUUAAGAAUUUAUUAUAUAAUAUUGAAAUGUUAUCAUUGAUUAAUAAUUUCUACUGAAUAUUUUGUUUUUCAAUGAAUUAGUGAUUUCACAUCCUGAGUUAUUUAUCUAUUCUUUUUAUUGCAUUGUACAAUGCCUGGUGAAAACUUAAGUAAUUUUGAUAAUUUAAUGUAGUUCAAUUUUUCUGAAAGAUUAUCAAGUUUUUCCAUUAGAAUUUGUUUUUAGAAUUCAUGUGCUGAUCUGAAUAUAAAAAAUCUUUGUAUUUUACUUUUUUUAUUUUGUGCCAAAAGUUUAAACAGGCUCUCUCUUAAUUUAGUUUAGUGCCAUUAAUCUACUUAAAGAAUAUAUUUGGAUGUAAUAAUAUUUCCUUCAAAAUUAACAUGAUUUUCCUUUAAGCAGAUACAUUCUAUUAUAUGAGGUUUCUUUCUCAUACCACAACUAUUCAAGUGAAAUCUUUGUAUUUAUCAACUAAAAUAUUUUUUAUUCUUUUGAAGUUUUUUUUUUAUGUUAUUACCCAUACUCCAAAUAUCAUUGCUAUAAAUAUUUUCAUUGCUAUAAAUAUUAGAAAUCAUAUGCAUUAAAAAUGUGCCUAUCUUUAACAAAUAUUUUUGCGAAAGCAAGUUGCAUAAAAAUUGAGUAAUAUAAGUGUUGUCAAUCUCUUUCAAGUUAAACUUGAAAAUUUUUGUAAUUUUUUUACUGCAUUUUAUGAAUUUUUUUCUGAAUGUUUAAAGAAUUCAUGAACUCUAUCAUGUUUUUGCAGUCUAUCGGAGGAAGUUAUAAAUUCUAGCAAAAUACAGUUGUUGCAUAAUAAAAUUGUGUUACAGUUUUUAAUUUGCAUUUUGCAGAACUAAUAUCUAAUGUGUUUUUUAAUUAUAAUGGCCUCAUGAUUAAAAGAGUAUUUUUACUGACUCUUAUAAAUCAUCCAUAGAAGGAAAAUUUGGUACUCCAAUAAAAACACCGCAUUAAAUGCGUACACAAAAAUCUUUUCAAUUUGUGCCAGAAUUUAGCACUCUCAGGUUGUCUGCAAAAAAGAAGUACACAUUCCUUAUACUUACAUUUUUUUCUUGACUGUUGCAUUCCUGUUUGAAGAUGAGCAAUGUAUUAUUUUAUAUUCUAAAUUAGAAAUAUGUUACUUAAAAUUGCAUAUUUCAUUGCAAUAGUAUUUUAAUGUGUAUUUAUCCUUAUAAAAAUAAUAAAAAAUGUUUAUCUUUCUUGUUUAGUGAUCUAUAUGUGCAGUAUUCAAAAAGUUAUUGUUUUUAAGACUUCACUUUGAGUUGAAUGUAAGAAAAGUAUGCAAGGAAUAUGUAAAAGUUGCCUUUAAUUUCUAAAAUUAUAACAUUCCAGCUUAUUAGAUUUAAAAUGUGAUAUUUUAUGCUCAUAUUUGUAAGUGUCAUUAUAUUAUAUGACUUGUAAAUUUCAUAAUUUUGCUAUUCCAUAUGAUCAUGUAAAAUAAAAUUUAUUAUUAAAAGAUAUAUUUUUUAA